UCAAAAGUUGUCGUCUUUUCUCUACAGACAUGUCCAUAAUUUGCUUCUUUUUUUUCCUUUCUUUUUCAUUCUCUAUCUCAAUGGCUUUUAUACAGAGUUGUGAACUUUGACUUGAUAAUUAUUUCUGGUCACCCAGUUUGUUGUUUGUAAAAGUACAGUUCUUGGAAAUUUUGAUGGUUUAAGUAAAAGGGGUAUGAAUAGUUCUUGGAAACAAAUAGUUCUAUUAUGCUGUCUCCUAGUCUUAGAUGGAUCAUUGAGCAAUUGAUAUGAUUUGUAUGAUGAACAUAGACCAACUAAACAUAGUCGUUGUGGGGGAAAUCCAAGAUGGAUCUACACAAGGAAGGUGAUCGAGGCUCAGGAAAUCAGAAGAAGGUCAAAAUUGUUUUUGUUAUAGGUGGCCCAGGGAGUGGUAAAGGGACUCAAUGCAAAAAAAUAGCACAACAGUUUGGUUACACUCAUCUUAGUGUCGGUGAGCUUCUACGUCAAGAAAUCAAUUCUGGUUCUGAAACUGGCUCUAUGAUUCAGAAAAUUAUGAAGGAGGGGAAUCUUGUUCCUUCAGAUGUAACUGUGAGGCUUCUUCAACAAGCCAUGCAGGAAAUGGAUAGUGACAAAUUCCUUAUUGACGGCUUCCCCCGGAAUGAAGAGAAUGUGAAAACAUUUGAGAAUCUUACAACAAUGGAGCCUGAGUUUAUCCUUUAUCUAGAUUGUCCACAAGAAGAAAUGGAGAGGCGCUUGCUAUCAAGAAAUGAGGAAAGAGAGGAUGAUAACAUCGAGACAAUAAGGAAGCGAUUUAAAGUUUUUAUGGAGUCAACUCUCCCUGCAGUUGAAUACUAUGAAUCAAAGGGGAAAGUUAGGAAGGUUGAUGCUGGAAAAUCUAUUGAUGAAGUUUUUGAGUCCAUCAAAGCCAUUUUCUCACAAGGAAAAGAUUAUAAGGUGACACCAAGCAGACACAACUGCGAAUGCUGCUCGAUACUUUGAAUGGAUGAGCCUCAAAGCUUGAUAGUGUACAUGAAUAUUUUCACUGCCAGAUUUAACUUACAGAUACUAUCCGUGCGCUUUAACUUUUUGCAAUAGGUCAUGUCCCUUAUAUUCCAGGUUAUGAAUCCACUUAUCGUCGACGGUUACCUAUAGUUAUCUUUUCGGGGAUCUGACUAUACCGUCAGUGUAUAUAAACUAAACUCUGUAUUGUGUGAUAUCUACCGUUCCUUGUUAAUGUAUGAUAAGAAUCAUUUCUAUUCAGCAGGCUCUGACUCUCCAACCCGAU